AAGUAUAAGUGCUUCCAUUUAUCCUUUAAAUGCAAAACUUAAUUACCUUCCCUCCCUCUCCUCCCCAUACACCAUCACUACUACCUACUCUUUUUGCUACUGAGAUACCGAGCUCCUGAUCUCUUCCAAAUCCUCGAAAAACCCUAAUCUCAUUCUGGCUACUUUCAUGUUUUUAUCGUAUUCAUUUAGUCUAGAGAUGUGCCAGCCAUUGUUUCAGGAAGUGAAUUAAGUACUGUAUAGUCUCUUAAUUUAUUGCUUGCAGUCCCUGUUGAUAGUAUUGUAGAAGAUGGAGAAGAGUUGGAGCUGGGAGCAGAAGACACUGGUUAGUGAACUGAUUCAGGGAAUGGAGAUGGCUAAACAGUUGAGAGUACAAUUUAGUGCAAAUUCUUCAUCAGAGACCACAGAGACGUUGUUACAUAGAAUUUUAGCUUCAUAUGAGAAGGCUCUUAUGAUUCUGAGAUGGAGUGGGUCGAUGGGACAGACCCAGACUGCAGCAGGAGUAACAACAGGUGUUCCUGGGUCUCCGAUUUCUGUUGAUGGAAGUUUUGGGAGCAAUGAAUUUGAUAAGGGUCUCAAAGAUCAUCGGGACCUUAAUGAUGUCUCAAAGAAAAGAAAAAUAAUGCCCAGAUGGACGGACCAAGUGAGAGUGAGCUCUGAGACUGGGUUGGAAGGACCCCAUGACGAUGGCUAUAGCUGGAGAAAAUAUGGUCAGAAAGACAUCCUUGGAGCCAAAUAUCCCAGAAGCUAUUACAGAUGCACCUUUCGCCUAACUCAAAACUGCUGGGCUACAAAGCAAGUGCAGAGAGCAGAUGAAGAUCCCAACGUAUUUGAAAUCACUUACCGAGGAAGACACAUCUGUUCCCAUGCUACCAAUUUGGUUCCAGCACCAUCAUCACCAGAAAAGCAAGAACAGAAACAAAACUUCAACAACAAUGACAAUCAGCAAGAUCAACGACCACUUGAUAUCCUCGGAAACAUUGGAAGCAGUUUGAGGAUUGUUACUGAGGAACUGGAAAACAAAGAGAUGUCCUAUCCCUUCUCUUUUCCUUCAACUUCAUUUGGAUGCACGAAGAGUGAAAACAGCAACUUCUCACUUUCGACGCUGGACAACAACACUAGUUUCCUGGGCAGUUUUUCCCCACCAUUUUUAUCCCCGGCUACCCCUGAGUCAAACUUUCACUCAGUGUCCCCAUUCCAGAACAGCAACUUCAAAGGGGCUCACAACGGGCAUCGUUCGGAAUCUGACCUCACUGAGAUCAUCUCUGCCAACACUUCAGCCACCAGUUCUCCGAUUCUAGACUUGGAUUUCUCACUUGAUCCAGCGGAAAUUGGCCAUUUCCCAUUCGACUCUUCAGCGUUUUUCGCUUAGUUCCACUUAAGCUCUAAAAUAAGAAUAAAAACGGCAUGUGGGAUGCAUCCACCUGUUGAAUCUAGCUUUUGUAUUAUAAUUUAUAAAGGAAGGGAUGUUUUUGUUGAAUAUAUAAGAUCCUCCUUAAAGUUUAGCCACUAGAUUAGAAUUCCAUAGAUACACCAAUAAACUAUGAAGAUGGACGGUUACAACUUACAAUAACUUAUGCUGGAAACUCUUGUUUCCUCAAGAGAAACUCUAUAAUUGAACCAACACUCGAUGUGCUAAACAGCUAAGAGCUUUAUCCGGAAUGAGAAACAGGACAAUAAGUGGAGUGAAAUCUGCCAGACCAGAGCAGAUUAGCAGCACUUUCUGAAAACCAUAACGAAACCAAAUGAAGGUGAAACUUCCCUCCUGUCCCUAGAUGAAGUGCCUUUUCAUUUUUUUCAACCCUGAAACAGAAUCAGAUGUGCUUUGUUCUGCACCUUGAGCUCUCCUGAGAACUUCUCUCAACCCCAUCGCAACAAAUAAGUUGGUUAGAUUAAGAAGCGACUCAGCUCCGCCAUGUAGCCAAUCCACAUUAGACAACGAAGUACUGUAAUGCACCUCCGCUGUUUCGACCACAAAAACAGAGUUGCACAGUUUAGGGUUCUAUAUUUCCAGGAUCGAAAAAUGGGAAUCGGG